GGAGCCGCCAGGAGCCACCGGCAGCGGAGCACCGGGAGCACCGUGAGCGCCGGGAACCACCGGGAGCCACCGGGAGCUCCGGGAGCCGCCAGGAGCCACCGGCAGCGGAGCACCGGGAGCGCCGGGACGGAGCGCUGCCCCGGCCGAGGAUGUCCGGGAGCGGCCCGGGACGGCCGGCGGAGGUGGCGGAGUGGCUGGCACGGCCGUUCGAUGACUUCUUCGGGACCGCCGGCCUCGGCCCCUGCGCCGUGAGGCCGCUGAGAGGCGGCUCUGGCAGGAGCCGGGGGCAGAAGCAGAGAGCCCCGAGCCCUGUGGCAGAGAAGAGCAGAGCCGCAGCUGCUCCCAGGAAAAGAGCCACGCCCGGCCGGAGCCGGGCCCGGGAGGAGCUGCCAUGGGUGGAGAGACACCGACCUGAAACGCAGAAUGACCUUGCUGUGCAAAAGAAGAAGAUUGAGGAAGUUGAAACCUGGUUAAAAACACACAUAUUUCAGAGGCAGCCAAAGCAGGGUGGCCCUAUCUUGCUGCUGACUGGCCCUCCUGGCUGUGGAAAAACUGCAACUCUCCAAAUUCUGGCCAGAGAUCUUGGCCUUCAGGUGCAAGAAUGGACCAAUCCACUCUCUUUAGACUUCACAAAGGAAGACUUGAAAAGCAUGUUUGGCCAUGACUCAAAUUCUCAUACGUUUCCGAGUCAGGCCCAAGCAGCUCUCUUUCAAGAUUUUCUAUUAAGAGCAAAUAAGUAUAACAAACUUCAGAUGCUUGGGGAGUCCUCAGAAAAUGAUAAAAAGCUUAUUCUUAUUGAAGACAUUCCCAACCAGUUCUACCGGGAUCCUGGCAGCCUACAUGAAAUCCUCAGGAGUUUUGUUCGUAGGAGUAGGUGCCCCCUGGUCUUUAUAAUCUCAGAUAACUUCAGUGGAGACAGCAACCAGAGGUCACUGUUCCCCGCUGAAAUUGUAGAGGAGUUGUGUAUAUUCAAUAUUAGUUUCAAGCCUGUUGCACCAACCAAUAUGAUGAAAGUUCUUACUCGAAUAGCUGCAGCAGAAGCCAGUAUGAACAGAGAGAAUUACGCCCCCGAUAGAACUUCUCUGGAGUUGCUUUGCAGAGGUUGUUCAGGUGACAUAAGAAGUGCAAUAAACAGCCUUCAGUUUUCCUCUACGAAAGGCUGCUCAUUGGAGAAAGAAUUUUGGUCAAAGAAGAAGAAGAAGUGCUCCACAAUAAAAUGUGAGGAAGCAGGAGUAUCCAAAGUGAGAAAGAAAAGUAAAUGUGAUACCUCAGAAGACCAGGAGAUGCAAGCUAUUGGUGGCAAGGAUGCAUCCAUUUUUCUUUUCCAUGCUCUGGGGAAGAUUAUUUAUUGCAAAAGAGAAGCAGUGUCAGAAGCAGAGUGCCCUCAGCUGCCUGCUCACCUGUCCAGACACCACCGGGACACGUUGCUCAUUCAGCCUGAGGAAAUCGUGGAGAAAUCACAUAUGUCUGGAAGCAUGUUCAAUCUGUACCUUCACCAGAACUAUGUGGACUUUUUUUCUGAUAUAGAUGAUGUAGUGAAAGCCAGUGAAUAUUUGAGCACUGCUGACGUCCUUUGUAGUAACUGGAGCGCACGGCUGGUGAUGGAGAGCUACGGUGCCUCUGUGGCUACCCGAGGGGUCAUCCACUCCAACACCUCCAGAGCCUUUGCCCACCAGCAGGGGGGCAUGGGCUUCCGACCCUUACACAAACCCCAGUGGUUUUUGAUCAAUAAAAAGUAUCAGGAAAAUUGCAUUGCUGCAAAAUCUCUGUUUUCAAGCUUCUGUUUACCACCUGAGUGCCUUCAGACAGAGCUGCUGCCUUACCUUGCUAUGCUAGCAAACCCAAUGAGAAACCAAGCUCAGAUUGCUUUUAUCCAAGACGUGGGGAGGCUGCCACUGAAAAGACAUUUUGGGAGGCUGCAGCUGGAGGCUCUGGACGACCGCGACCCCGGGCUGCCCGAGCUCCACGCCGACCCCGAGGGGCUCCCCUGCAGCCAGUCCAGCGGGAGCGACCUGCCCGGCAGCCAGCCGCAGCCCGUGGCGGCGCAGGCGCUCCUGGAGGAGGAGGAAUUGCGGAUCGAGGAGUACGACAGCGACUGAGCGAGCCCUGUGCCCGGGGAGCUCCGCGGCCGGGCACCGAGAGCCCCGCGCCCCGCAGCGCCAGCCCCGCUCCGCCUUCCCGCCUCUCCCGAGCCGCGGCAGCGAGAGAAAUAGAGGCUGAAAUCCGUCUGAAGGACGCUAGGGACGGUCAGCGGUGUCGCUCUGAAAUUAUCUGUGUUUUUACGCGUUUUAAUAUACGUUGCGAUUGUGCAGCGCGUUUCCCGAGUACAGAUUCCGUGAGCUGCCAGCAUUUGGAGGGUUCGUUCAAAUUCACGUUUCCAAAAAAAUGCCCUUCUGGAAAGAAGAGGCUGAAAUUUAUACCUGAAACGUCACCGUACUGGUGAUGUAAAGAAAACCUCUACUGUAUUCAUACUGUUUUGUACUCUGUCUUACAGAAGACAUAAAUAAGAUCUUCGUGUCUUUGUAAGGGGAACAAAUGUUGUACCAUGGAUUAUUUUGUAUUCCUCUUGGAAAAAAAUUUUCAUAACUUUUAGAGGAGGAAAAAACAGCAAUUAAGCAGAAGUUGUACUUUGUAGGAAGAUAAAUGUGCAGUUUUUCUCCUUGACUUGCAGUUGUGCUGGGGGAAACAAUGAUCCUGUGUUUGGCAACUGACACAUGAUCGGGUGCUGUGGUUAGUGAUACCAGCAGAGAGGAAAAACAGCUUUGUGUGAUGCUCGUUGGCAUUUCUGUAUUGCUUACAGCCAGUUUGGUGAGAGAAAACAUGUGUUUAUCCGCCCUCACCUUGGAUUAAUGCAAUUAAAGAGUCUGUACCCAUCCUC